ACAAGAAUACAAAAAAUUCUUAGUUACUGAAUGAUCUUAAGGUCAAUCUUAGUUUUUUACUUCGCUUUUUAAAUUGCUCUAAGUUCUAUUGCUGUAAUAUUGUUAUCAUUUCCUUUCUUUUAAGUCAUUAUCAUUUUCCUUCCUCUUCUUCUUCUUCCUCUUCCUCUUCUUCCUCUUCCUCUUCUCCUUCUCCUCCUUCUUCUUUCUUCUUUCUUCUUCUCCUUCUCCUUCCCUUUCUUCUUCUCCUUCCCUUUCUUCUUCUUCUUCUUCUUCCUCUUCUUCCUCUUCUCCUUCUUCUCCUUCUUCUCCUUCUUCUCCUUCUUCUUCUUCUUCUUCUUCUUCUUCUUCUUCUUCUUCUUCUUCUUCUUCUUCUUCUUCUUCUUCUUCUUCUUCUUCUUCUUCUUCUUCCUUCUUCCUUCUUCACCAUAUUUGCCUUCUAUUUUCCCCCACUCCCCUCCAGCCUUUUGGAGAAUGGUCUCUUCAAGUAAAGAUACUGCUGAAAGAACUUCUCCUUUAGUUCCAAAUCUUCUCCUUUUAAUAGCAAUUCUUCUGAUAAUAUACCUGGCUCCCAAUUAGUCUGUUUGCUGCUUCAUAUCCACUUAGAUACAUGCUGGUCUAAUUUAUUAUUUUUUUCCUGUGAAAUUUCAAAUAAAUCACAAAAGCAUAGAACAUAUAUGAUGAAGUUUUAGGUAAACCACAGUCUUCAAAAUAUGCCCAAGAAAUGCCAGAACCACUUCAGAGAGGAAAUAAGUGGCCAGCAAAGGAAGAGACCGUGGUUGUCCUUCCACAGAUGCUUUUCUUUGAUAUAGAAAAACAAUUUAUAGUUCUGCACACAACUCUUGGCAGAUUGAACCAAAUAUGUCUAGAAUUCAAACACAGGAUCAUCCUUGUUCUAUUCACCAACAAUAUACAUUUAAAUCUUUAUCUCUACCUAUUUUCUCCACUGUUACAGUAGAAAUAAUAUCUUUGCUCCUAUAAAAAGCAAACCCAGCCACUUGUACUCUGGAACCCAUUUCCUCUUGACUUCUCAAAACACUAUUGAGUUAUUCCUUUUCCACCCUUUCUUGCAAUAUCAAUUUUUUCCUUUUCACUGAUUCAUUUCUAUUACCAAAAAAUGCUCUAGGACUCACUAUAUUUUUAAAACAAUUCCCAUGACCAGACAUAUUCCUCUAGCUACUCUCCCAUUAUUCCUCUCAGAGUAUACUUGUCAAUAGAUUUGGCUAAGUAUACACUCUCAAAUGCCUCACCUUCUGCUCUCUUUUCAAUAUAUUCUGUUCUCUUCUCUUCACAAAAUAAGGUCUGAUCAAUGUCACUAAGGAUUCCACAUUGCCAAAUUCAAUGGCAAUUUUGCUAUCCUUGUGUUUCUUGAACUUUGAGCAGCAUUUAACACAGUUGAUUGACCACCUCUGACUUAAAAAAAAUUUCUUUUAUGGAUUUCUGAACUUGUCUUUGUAUUUCUUCUUCCAUCCUUAGCGUCCCCAUCUCAAUCUUACCUACUGGCUUCCAUCCCUCUGUUUUAGCUGCAACUGUCAAAGUUCCUCAAGGGACAGGACUCAGCCCCAUGCAAGCACUUUAUAGAGCUAAUUCUGCUUCAUGUAUAGUUCUUUUUCCUGAGUUCCUGGUACAAAUAUCUGCCUGCCUAUUUGACAUUUCCCUUUGGAUAUCUAAUAGGCAUCUCAAACUUAUGUCCAGAAUCAGAUCAUUCUUUCUCCAAUUAUGUCUCCUCAAUCCUUUAUUCCCAAGUCUUCUUUAUUUCAGUGAAGUACAAGGGAUUUAAAUUUUAGGACAGUGAAUUUAUUUGUAUGAUAUUAUAAUGGUGGAUUCAUGACAUUAUGUUUUAGUCAAAACCCACUGAACUUUAUGGCGGAAAGAGUGAACCUUAAUGUAUGCAAAUUAAAAAAAUAAUUUUGGAGGCUAUGAACUCAUGGGGCCAACUGAAAGAGUUCCUGUGGCCAAAGCUGGAACAAUGUGAGCAACAAAAUAAAGUAGUAUUGGAUUGUAACGGAAAAUAUCAAAUAAAUACGAAUGAGUUUUAUUGACAUAAAUGGUUGAUAAAGAAGUAAAUGGGAGAUUAGACAAAAAUCACCUGCAGAAGAUUUCUAAAUAAUUCAUGUAGAUACUCUGUUGUGAAAGAGAAAUGGUAUAACUCUCCACUUCUUAAGUGUGGGCUGCACAUAGUAACUUCCUUUCAAAGGGUACAGUAUGGAAAUGGAGAAAAGAGAGUAACUUUUAUACUCUUUAUAAAUUGUGGUAAGAAUGGCAAUUCAUCUCUGUGAUCUUCCUCCAAAAACCUUUAACCCAAGUGUAAUGAUGAGAAAAACAUCAGACUACCCCAAUUUGAGAAUAUUCUACAAAAUAUCUGACCCACUUUUCUCAAAACUGUAAAAAAACAAAAAACAAAACCAAACAUCAAAAACAAGGAAAGAAUGAGAAACUGUCAGCCAAGAUUAUCCUAAGAAGACGUGAAGAAUAAAGGUACUGUGGUAUCCUGAAUGUGGUCCUUGCAUAGCAAAAUGUAUUAAGUAAAAACUAAGAAAAGGUUUUAGAUGAAAAAUGAAUUAAGUAUAGACUUUAAUUAAUAAUAACGCAUGAAUAUUGAUUCAUUAAUUUUGACUUACCAUACUAGUGUAACAUGGUAAUGAUAGGGGAAAUUGGGUAUGAUGUAUAUGGGAACUUUCUGUACUACUUUCACAAUUUUUCUGCCAAUCUAAAACUAUCUUAAAAGGAAUGGUUUACUUAAAAAAAAUGAAGUUCAACUCACUCUUAAAUCACAUCCUUUGUGGUUUUCAGCUAUUGGGUUUAUUUCAAUGCCACAGUUUGUAGAGACUGACUCUGCUUUUGAUCAGGUAAUGUCUCUCUUUCCAUCUCAUUCAAAUAUGGAUUAUUCUAUUUACAGGAUGUUUGGACAGAGGCAAAACACAGAGAGAUCAAUGAUGCAGAAGCCAAAAAAGCAUCCCUAUCAUUGCCAACACAAGUGGGCAUGCAAAGGCUUUAGUCCCACUGAAUAAUAUCUGUGUGAUUCAGAAAAGAUGUAAAUGAAGAUUACCCUAAAUGUCCCAAGUGGCAUCGCACUGUUCUGAGACUGAGCAGCAUUGUGCUGGUUAUACUCAUUGCCACAGUGACAGGACUAACUAUUUGGGGGUUUCAUGCAGAGUAAUAUACAAGAUGGAAUUUACUUUUGGAUUGGAUUGAACAUCACACUCCCACAAAAGACAUGGACCUGGCUGGAUGGCACCCCUUUACAUCUACAGCUAUUUCAAGUCCUGGGCCAGGAUGAAGAUAAUGCCUGUGCUGUGAUAACAAAGAAGGGUGUGUUUUCUGAAAAGUGUUGCAAUCAGAGUUACUGAUUUUAUCCAUUCAUUUGACAGAGAGAGACACAGCGAAAGAGGGAACACAAGCAGGCGGAGUAGGAGAGGGAGAAGCAGGCUUCCCUGCCGAGCAAGGAACCCAAUGAGGGGCUCGAUCCCAGGACCCUGGGAUCAUGACCUGAGCGGAAGGCAGGCGCUUAACGACUGAGCCACCCAGGCGCCCCGUUUUUUUGUUUUUUUAAAGUUUUAUUUAUUUGACAGAGAGAGACAAUGAGAGAGGGAACACAAGCAGGGGGAGUGGGAGAGGGAGAAGCAGGCUUCCCGCAGAGCAGGGAGCCCGACUUGGGGCUCGAUCCCAGGACCCUGGGAUCAUGACCUGUGCCGAAGGCAGACGUUCAACGACUGAGCCACCCAGGUGCCCCUCUCUUAUGAUUUUCUUAAUAACAUUUUCUUUUCUCUAGCUUGCUUAAUUGUGAGAACACAGUAUAUAAUACAUAUACAAAGUAUGUGUUAAUCGACUGUUUAUCAGUAAGGCUUCUGGUCAACAGCUGGCUAGUAGUAGUUGAGUUUGGGGUGAGUCAAAAGUAAACUGGAUUUUUGACUGUGCGGUGGGUCAGUACCCUUUACCCCGCUAUUGUCCAAGGGUCAACUGUGCAAACAAAUAGUGUAUGGAGUAAGAAUAUAUAUGAAGUAGGGAUAAAAUUUUUAUAUAGGAGUAUCAUAUUAUUCACAUUAUUUUAUAAUUAGUUCUUUUUUCAAAAACUUUGCUUCAUUCUUAAAAGAAAAUUCUUUAUACACUUUCCCUAAUAUGUUGCAAAGACUUAUUCUUUGGUCUAUUUCUCCCCAUUCUACCUGUUUUAUUAGGCAAUGUGGCUUCCUUCUUCCGUGUGAAACCUGGGUCCCAGGCCAGAGCUUACCUCCACUCACAACAAUUCAAUUCAGUUUAGUUAUUUGUACAAGUUGGGUUGCUCUCUAUAAAUAAAUUUAGCCAGCUGCUAAGAAGAGCAAAUAUUGUAUUAUUACAUUUGUAUUUGUGGGUGUUGUGGAUUCUUUCAAAGCAAUAGCGUAUGAUGAAAGUUUAAUCCUCACUGACAAAAGUCAACCACUUUGCAGUAUAACAAAUAUAACAUCUCCAUUUUGAUAGAACAUUUGUAAUUUUGUGUCUAUAACGAAAAUUAUAUUUUUACUUAUUAAUGUAGAAUUAUUUGUACAUACGAAAUUUUUCUAACUUAACUUUUACAUUUAAGAAUCAACAUAUAUAAAUAAAUGUUGGGGCGCCCACGUGGCUCAGUUGUUAAGCGUCUGCCUUUGGCUCAGGUCAUGAUCCCAGAGUCCUGGGAUUGAGCCCCACAUCGGGCUCCCUGCUCCGCGGGAGGCCUGCUUCUCCCUCUCCCCCUCCCCCUGCUUGUGUUCCUUCUCUCGCUAUCUCUCUCUCUGUCAAAUAAAUAAAUAAAAUCUUUAAAAAAAGUAAAAAAAAAAGUCUCACGUCCAAUUUUGUAAAGGUAAGAUCUAUUGCACUGCAUUUCAAACCUCAUAUAAUGUAAAAUAAUUUAUUUUUUCUUUUAGCCUCAAAUUUAUUUUUAUGAACAUUAAUUAUUUUACUUUUUUUUAACUUAGCAUUAAGACAUUUGAUGUGUGGAGGGCUAUUUGCUAAUUCACUGCCACUAGAUUGCUUGAUUGAUAUAUUUGAAAACAGACAAAACUAAUUUAAUUUUUAUUUAUUUAUUUAAAAAAAUUAAUUAGCUAUUUGAUUAAUUAAUUUUAGGGGGGAGAGAGAGAGCUCAUGUGUGUGCAAGCAGGGGGAGGGGCAGUAGGAGAGGGAGAAAAUUCCAAGCAGACUCCACCCUGAGCACAAGCCCGACAAGGGGCUUGAUCUCAGGAUGCUGAGAUCAUGACCUGAGCCAAAAUCAAGACUGAAUGAGCCACCCAGGUACCCCUAAUUUUUAUUUUUAACGUGUUUAUUUUCUCAUUAAAAAGUACACUGGAAGGGGGCGCCUGGGUGGCUCAGUUGUUAAGCAUCUGCCUUCGGCUCAGGUCAUGAUCCCAGGGUCCUGGGUUCGAGCCCCGCAUCGGGCUCCCCGCUCCGCGGGAAGCCUGCUUCUCCCUCUCCCACUCCCCCUGCUUGUGUUCCCUCUCUCGCUGUAUCUCUCUCUGUCAAAUAAAUAAAAUCUUAAAAAAAAAAAAAGUACACUGGAAGUAGAUGCUACCUCUUUAGUACAGGUACUGUGCACUCCUUACUUGAUAGCGUUGACCUCGGGGUAAUCCAGGAUCUAAGCUUCUGUUUUUGUGAUUGGAGAUGCAAGAAUGGGGCAUAAGAAUUCUGAAUCAUUGUGAGAGCGGGAGGUGUUGUCCACAUAAGGGAGUUUGUGUCAGCUGGCAUCAUUCUACCAAACAUACACUGAUGGCAAAGAAGAUACAGACAUAUGGGUCCUUCAUGAGAAAAUAACCAGCGUUUUUGUCCUUCUUGCUAUUUCCAUCACACUGAGCUUCUUCAUACCUUGACUCUGGGCUAAUGCUGUAGCAGAUGAAUGUCUUUUCCUUUCCCAGAAGCUGUUUUCACCAAUAUCUUAGUGUCCCCAAAUUCAGGCACUGAUUUGCAUCUUGGAGGGACAGGCUAGGGUUAAGAUACUGCUCCAGUGGGGCCUUCAUUUACUGUUUCAGUUUUCCUUUGCUACCCCAUUUCUAUUUUUUUCCUGAGGGAAGCAGAUGCUUGGCCAUGGAUCACAAUGUCUCACCUUCUCUGGAAUAAUUGCUCUUCUAAUCCAGACCUAGGCAAAUACCACAGCCCCUUUUGGAAUAACUUUUAGAAAACUAUGGCUAUGUCUUUCUUAAUUAACAGAAAAGUGAGAGGUCCAGCUGCAGUGUAGGUUUACAUUGAGAAGUGGUAAAUAAUACGAGAGGGGUAAGAUGGUCCAGAUGAUGAUAGGGUUUCCAGGACAGUGAGAAGAUUCUUACAUCUGCAUUUUUUUCUUUUCUUUUCUUUUUUUUUUCCUUUUGUGAGUUUUGUUUUAUUUCUUCCAUCUUCCUCUUUUCCAAAAAGGAAGAAAAUUUGAGGUCAAAGUGUGGCAUGUAACCCAAAACCUAAAAAAAUUUGUCAAAGUUUCAGAAAAAUAUAAAUUGUUUUCCCAUGCAUAGUUGAUCCUUACGAAACUUCUGUGUUUUAUAAGUAGAACAUAUUUUAUGAUACGCAUUUUAUAGAUCAGGAAUCAAAAGAGAAAGCUACUCGGUAUGACACAGCUAAACAUAGGUUGUCCGAUUCCCAAACUCAUGUUUUUUUCUAUUGCAUUUCUCUUCAAAACCCACAUUCCCUGUUGAAUAUUUUAUAUUUCCUUGGGGAAAAAAGUCUCCGAUUCAAAAGUUACAACCUGGGUGCCUGGGUGGCUCAGUUGGUUAGGCAACUGCCUUCGGCUCAGGUCAUGAUCCUGGAGUCCCGAGAUCGAGUCUCGCAUCAGGCUCCCUGCUCAGCGGGGAGUCUGCUUCUCCCUCUGACCCUCCCCUCUCUCAUGCUCUCUCUAUCUCAUUCUCUCUCUCAAACGAAUAAAUAAUGAGAGUUCUAGAGGGGAGAGGGUGGAGGGAUGGGUUAGCCUGGUGAUGGGUAUUAAAGAGGGCAUGUACUGCAUGGAGCACUGGGUGUUACACGCAAACAAUGAAUCAUGGAACACUACAUCAAAAACUAAUGAUGUAAUGUAUGGUGUAUGGUGAUUAACAUAACAUAAAAAAAAUCUUUAAAAAAAACAAGAAAAAAACAAAACAAAACAAAAAAACAAAGUUACAACCUGGUGACCUAGGGAUGGGAUUUGUCUUCAUAUUUCCUUUGUUUGCAUAAACAAUGUUUCAAAAACACAUUUGCCACAUUAGAUUACAUUUGAAAGUCAAGAGCUGUUACACAAAAAGCUAGGUUUCCCGAAAUAAUGGAAUAUAUCAUCAUAUGGCCUGUAAUCGCUUUUAGCAACAAUCUCUGUGGGAGCUGAGGGCAAGAAUGGAAGAUAACAGGGAUUCUCAAACUUGAAUACAUUAGAAACGCUUUGAUUUUAAAACACACAUGCCUGGGUCCCACUUGUGACCAACUCCAUUGUAAUCUCUGAAUGGAGGCUCAGCCAGAGUAAAUUCUAUGUGCAAACACUGACAUGGGGUAUGUGGUGGGGUACAUGCUCUUUGGUUUACCACUAAAUCAGUCCUCACUUAACUUUCUACAGUCACAUGACCUCCUGACCUUUGUAGAAGUUUGAGCUGUCAAUUCUGUAUUAUCACAUUCUCAACUCAUAACUCAUCUGGCAAUUUGAGCUUCUGUGUUCAAUAAUCAAAACUCACUGGCUUUAGUUUUACUUGUACUCAGAAUAUUGUGUCAUUCUCUUUCCAAUUUGAUACCCCUCUCAAAUGAUCAAUGCAUAGUCUAAGAGCCUAAGAAUGACAAUACAUGGACCUUUUUAUAAUAAUUCUCUUUAUAAUAGGAGCUGCGGAGAAGUGUUUUCUGUUUGUUUUUUGUUUUUGUGGAGGAUUGCAAACAUGAAACCUGGUUAUAUCUUGUUUCCAGAAUGUAUCAAUUACACGGAAAGCUCAGGAGAAUGCUAUCUUAUUUUUUAUGAUAUUAUUUAUUUUAUACUUUUCUCCUUCCAUGAAAUUCUUCCAGAACACCAAAAUCUGUAUUGUAUGAUCACUACAUCCUAGUCCUCUCCAUACUGUUUUGGCAAACCAGGUUUAUUUUAUGCUGAUGUCAGGAAAGCAAGUCAUUGUAAAGAUAAAUAGUUUUGUUCCACUUUAUUUCAGAAUAUUGAUGGGCUCUGCAGGGUGCUGUCCUCAGAUGCUAAUGCUAUAGGAUGAGACCUCUGCGAUGAAGCUCACAUUCAGUCAUUCUCUGAAUUAAAGGGUGGAUAAUAUUAAGUUCAUGUGCAGAUUUGAGGUGAGGGCUUUUCAGACUGAGGACUCUACUAUUGACUGAAUGGUCCUCUAUGAAAGGAGAAGCUGUCUCUCUCAGCGUUUCCCUUUUUGCCCCCAUAAGAACAGGCACUUUCCAGAGAAACUGGAAGUUUCUGUCUUCCAUGCGAGAAGUGAAUUACAAGUUUAUGUUUGUCAAUGUUUAUGUAAUUUUCAAUAUUCAACUACUGAAAUUAGAAAUCCAUCCCUUCAAACAUUCCAUCCCAUCCUAUUAUUUCCUCUCAUUUUGAGCCAACUCUCUGGCUUAAUAGAUCCUUAAGUUCUUGCUACUCUAUCUUAUUGCUCCAGGAUUAGAUAAUUGGAUCAGUCUAAAAGGACAUUAUUUUAUUUCUUGAAUAAAAGAGGAACUGCUUAUAAUCAAUAUGCCAUUAUGUUUUAUAAAAUUUAGAGGAAGGGUCUUUAUUUUAUUAUACAUAAAGUAUAAAAUGCAGAGUUGUUUCUCAAGUUGUGUGCUAUGAUCUGAAUGUUUGCAGUCCCCAAAAUUUGCAUGUUGAAAUCCUAGCAACCAAUGUAAUGGUAUCAGCAAGUGGGACUUUUGGGAGAUGAUGAGUUCUUGAGGGUGGGGCCCUCAUGAAUGGAAUUAGUGCCUUGUAAAAAGGACCCCACACAGCUCCUGGCCCUUUCUACCAUGUGAGGCUACAGCUAGAAGUCCACAGCCUGGAAAAGCUCCUCACUCGCCAAUGCUGGCACCCUGACCUGGACUUCUUCCAGCCUCCAGAACUGUGAGAAAUGAAUUUCACUCAGACAGUGGUAUUUCGUUAACAGCAGCCCUCCCUGACUAAGACACUGUGUCCUGAGACUCUUCUGUGUUCCAAAGGUGUUUCAAGACCACCACGAGCAGAGAGCAAGGAGGAGGAGAAGCCACACCUGGAACAUCUUGCAAUCUAUAUCCAUUUAAAUCAAAGCACUUCUGUUUUUUAUGUGUUAUACCUAUUGGUAUUCCACGUGGGAUUUUUGUCUCUAAACAGGAUCCCAUUACUUAAAAAGUUUGAAUACCACUGAAUCAGAGGGAAAUUCUAGAGGUGCUAGAAGUGAAAAAAAUGGAUCAAGUAAAAUUUCAACUGAAUUAACUACAUUCUUAUAUCAGGCAGGGUCUAAGCAAGGGACUGGAACCCACAAGACCUUGAAUUGAGAAAUUUGAAUAUAAAAAUAUUAAUAGAGGAUUAAAGUUUUAGGGUGUUGGUUAAAAGGAGGUAAAGAAAACUCUAAAGAAUACAAUAUUAGACACAGGAAGCAGCCACCCAUUAGCGCUUGAACUGGGAGAGAACCCUGGAGGAAGAGCCCCCCGCUCCAAUGCCACACUGCAGAUUGAAAUCCUGACCUCAGCAGAGGACACCAGCAUGGCUCAGCACCUAGUGCUGAAACACCAGGUGCAAUAUAACUGAAUAGUUAAGCAUGGACUCUGAAAUCAGAUUACCUGAGAUUAAAUUUCCACUCUUCCACUUACUAGAGAUGUUGGCUUGAUACAUUGUUAUGUUUAUCUGAUCUCUGCAAGUAUAUAGCUAUGUGAGAAAUAAACGGCAGUAUGCAGUUGCAAGUGCUGCCUUUGCUCUGCAUACCCUGUGUCCUGGUGAUUUCGCAGACCCUUACCCAGGGACCCCAACGCACUAGACGUUGACAAUUGGCGCCCGAACAGGGACCCUGAAGGACGUACAGGAAGGGUGAGUAACUUAAUUAAGUACAGGGUGAUGGGACAAGAAACUUCUACUCCUUAUGUUCGAAUGCUGAAGCAUUCUCUUGCUGUCUAUGGUAUUACUGUCGCUUCUAAUGAUAUUGAGCUGUGCUUGAAGGUGGUUUGAGAAUGGAAUCCUUGGUUUCCAGAGGAGGGAACUUUAGACAUGGAUAAUUGGCGGCGAGUUCGACAUAAUGUCGAGAAGGCAAUGAGACAGGGAGAAAAAAUUCCCGUGCGGUUUUGGUCCAUUUGGUCGAUUAUUUUUACAGUGCUUAAAGCAAUGGAGGACGACCACACGGUCGAAGACUUCCAUAAGGAGAUGGCUCCUUCUAUACAAGACCUCCCUUUAGAUACGGAUGAGAAAAGGGCGGUAGAGAAAGAUACCUUUAAGCUUACUCCAUCCCGUGAGCCUAGCGAGUGUGGUAAUGAAGAACCAAAACCGAAAGUAAAGUCGGAUCUCGAGGUGGAGCGUGUGUGGAAGGUUUUCCAGCAGGUUAUGGCUAUGACGAAAGAGUCUAAGAAACCCUCUAGGAAGCCCUCUGCUCCGCCUUUGCCGUCUGUACCAGCUCUUUCUUCUAAAAAUCCUUUCCUUUCUGCUGCUUUAGCUGAGCUUGAUGCGCUAGAGGAUAGCGAUGAUGAGGCUGGCGCAGCUAAUUCUGUCUUUGCUUUUCCUGUUAUUAGGCCUCCCCCGGUCCAGGGAAUGGCACAAGCACCAUAUUAUGAAGGAAUAGGUAUAGAAGAUAUUGGUCGCUUGAAAAAGGCAGUGUCUUUAUAUGGACCUCAAUCACAUUAUGUUAAGGAGCUAGUUAAUGGUCUGGCUCGACAUUAUAACAAUUUUUCUCCUGAGGACUGGAGGGUCCUCUGUUGGGCUCUUUUAAAGGAGCCUGAAUAUCUGCAAUGGCAGAUGUGGUUUUCUGAACUUUGUAUGUAUGUACAUGUGGUAAUAGAUACAUAUUCCUAAUUCAUUUGGGCCACAGCACAAAGUGGUGAAACUGCACAACAUGUUAUCACCCAUCUCUUAGAAACUUUUGCUGUGAUGGGUUUACCAUCUAUUAUUAAAACAGAUAAUGGACCUGCAUAUAGCAGUAAAAAAUUUCAAACUUUCUGUGAACAAUAUGGUAUCAUGCAUAAAACAGGCAUUGAGUAUAAUCCUCAAGGGCAAGCUAUUGUAGAACGUGCACAUAAUACUUUAAAGUUGCAAAUUAAAAAAUUAAAAAGGAGGAAAAAGGACCAUAUUUUAGCAUUCACUCAAUCAAAUGCACGUUCCAUUUUGCAACAAGCUCUGUUCACAUUAAAUUUCUUGAAUCUUCCGCAGGGAGAUAUCCUCUCCCGUGCAGAGAAACAGUUCAUAGAGGGAGAGGUCGCUCCCCCUCCAUUAAAUGAACAUAUAUGGUUUAGACCAACCGCAGAUGCAGAAUGGCAACCGGGGCUAUUGCUUUAUAGAGGGAAGGGUUAUGCUUAUGUCUCCACAGAGGAUGGACGGACCUGUUCCUGGCUCCCCGCGCGAUGGAUCCGGUCGAGGGCCAAUUCGGACGGCACCGUAUCCCACCAGGCGACGGAUGGGGAAUCCAGGCCAAGAUGAACUUCCGUUACAGGCCAUGGCACAUCUGAAUUUGGGAGGACGACGUCGCCAUCGGCAGAUAUUUGCUACUGCUUUGCCGACUUGGGGGCAAAUUAAAAAGCUUAGUGGGGAGGGGCAAAAAAUCCUGCAGCGAACGGGGAAGGCUUGUACGCCUGAAAAUUUAUUUUUGGCUAUGUGUGCCUUGCUUACUGUAUCAUCUUCUGCCGAUUCAGAGUUUGGGGCACACCGCUGGAGGAAUGGGACUUGUAUUGUUGGUUGUUAUCUUAUGCUUUAUGCUGUUGCAUUUUUGCUAUCUAAAGCCUUCCCAGAAAUCUAUGGCCAUCCUUUGGAAGGCACUUUUAUUAAAACAAAAGAAAAAAGAGGGAAUUGAGAUGGUGUAGGCUUGUAGACCCCUUGCAGGCCAGGGUCAUUUGAGGACUGCACUGAGGUUAAGGUCGGCCAGGCAGGCCUAGGCCAGGAGGAGAAAAUGUUCUCUUCCCCUUACCUCAUGUUGCAAGG